AUGCCCAGAGAUAAGGGAACGAAGAGAGGGGGUCCUUCGCCUCAAGGAGUGAGCAAGAAGGAGAGGAUAGGAACCGAUAGUAGGGUAGACACCCUCCACCUCUCCAUGCUGCCGGCGAGCUUCGUUGCGCUGCGGGAAUGGUGUUCUGACGACGAAACCUUGACGGAGGUGUCGCUGGCGCCGGUGUCCCCGUCAGCGCCCGCGACCGUGGUGACCCAUCAGCAGGAGCCCGCACCGCACAAACUGCCGUCGCCAGAGCAACGAGUCCUCGCCCUCUCCCUCAAGUACCCGCCUGAACUCGUCCCUAUCGAUGUCUCCGGCUCCAGCUUCAAGCGCCUCGAGAAGUUCCGCCAGUCGUUGAUACACUUCGAGUAUCACAAGGGGAAGCGACGCCGGAAGCGAGUCAAGAGAAGGAACACAAUAGCAGACACGAGGGAUGCAAGGAUAGCUCUCGCGGAUAUUGAAGCCUCAACUUCAUCUGGCCGUGGAAGGUCAUCCCCCAGGUCAGGAUCUCCUAGUUCUCGAGGAGGUGUGUCCUUCACCGACAGGUCCUUUGACACGACUGAAACCUUGGACACCACUUCCAACACGACCAAGACAAGUUCCGAAAGAGAG